AUGGCUUUGGCGGGCGCCAAAACGAAAGACGGGAUAAGCGGGCGUAAUCUGCAGCUGCUGCAGAGACGCGUGAUUAACUCGAAGGUAUUCUCGGGUUGGUGUGCAAGUUUUCAAUUUAAAGCAAUAAAAACUGUAGUCAUAUACUAGAAAAAUCGAUGGGGCGACACUGCAUGUUAGUAUAUUUUUAGACCUGCGACGCCUCAUUUUUAAUUCAACAGCCUCAUUUUAUCGCGGAUCGCGUAACGAAUGAAUGAGUGGACUCAGUGUUUGAGUUCAAAAAUUGGAGCAGAUAAGCUAAUUAAGAAGCUUACCAGCCACCAUUGGAAAUGCACGUUGGUGGGCCAAAGCAGGCGCGAUUCAAAAAAUCUUUGGGAAGUGUGAUGACAAUAUGUUUUGGUUUCGUGGUUAGAAAUUGCAAGCAGUUUGCUCUUUGACCCGCUUUCCAGAGGCGAGACAAAAACUCUAAUAGAUAAAAUGCUAAAGUUUGAGCCGAUUCAACGGUCACAAUCUUCAACAGGAUAUUUUCAAUUGCAACACCACUUUCCGAAUGCCUUCAAACUUGUGGCUUAGAUCUUCUUCAAGCAUGGAGAAUGAUGUUCAAUCUGCUAUUAGAAAACUUGAAAUGAUCAGCAGAGAUUUUCCAACUGUCCCCAAUAUCGCCACACAGUUCGCAAAGAAAGCGAAGAGCGAACUGGCUUUCUUUGAUACCGAUGUUGCAGUAGAAGAAAGUCUACCAUCCAAAGCGACGAAAAGAAUUCCAAAAUUGGAACGAUGA